AUGGGUGUAACGUAUAUAUCGCAACAACGCGGUUCCAGCCGUUGCAAGGGUUUUGUCCCCGCGUCCGAGUUCCUGUACAAACCAUUGUCCGAGGACAAGACAUCAAAGAGCAGCAUCGAGUUCAACACCAAAGCUCCAUUACCGAAGCGUAUGGAGGCGCUCAUCUUGCGCGUUCAGGACGAGAUUUGUGCAGGUAUUGAGGCCUUAGAUGGCAAAAAGUUUAUCGAGGAUAAGUGGGAACGUGAAGGUCACGGCGGGGGUGGCCGUAGUCGGGUCUUGCAAGAUGGCAAUGUUUUUGAAAAAGCUGGUGUGGGUAUAUCUAUCAUUCACGGGACGCUUCCACCCGCUGCCGCAAAAGAGAUGACGGCCAGAGGCAAGGAAUUAAAGGCAGGAGUCGAUCUUCCCUUCUAUGCGUGUGGAGUGAGUCUCGUGAUGCAUCCGCACAACCCGAUGGCUCCGACAAUCCAUCUUAAUUUCCGCUAUUUUGAAGUGGAAACUGGAUUGUUUGACGAUGCUGGAAACUCGAAGAAAAUUGGUUGGUUUGGCGGUGGUGCAGACUUGACGCCCAGUUAUCUCUUUGAAGAGGAUGCCCGUCACUUCCAUGCUGUGUACAAAACCCAACUGGAUAAGCGCGAUGCCGCUAUCUAUCCGAAGUGGAAGAAAGCGUGCGACGAGUACUUUUACAUUCCUCACCGUCAAGAGUGCCGCGGUAUUGGUGGUUUCUUUUUUGAUGAUCUUACUGAUACGUCAGAGGAUAACUUUCAAAUGAUUCGCAAUUGUGCCAAUUCCAUGUUGGACGCCUAUGUGCCAAUUUUGGAAAAGCGAAAGGAUAUGCCAUAUACUCAACAGCAAAAGGAAUGGCAACAAAUUCGUCGUGGGCGGUACGUGGAAUUUAACAUCAUGUAUGAUCGUGGAACAAAAUUUGGUCUGUUAACCCCCGGGUCGCGUGUCGAGUCUAUUCUCAUGUCGUUGCCAUUGACGGCUCGCUGGGAGUACAUGAAUAAGCCAGCACCUGGCUCAUGGGAGGAGAGAACUCUUGAGGUGUUAAAAGAUCCUGUAGAUUGGCUCGAUGUGCCUCGCGUCGACUUGGAAACGCUUUCGACGAAUGAGCUGCUUAAGGAGCUCGCAAGAAGAAGUGAGUAA